GCUAGUGCAACACACUAUAUACUUUUCCACUUAUUCACCCACUCAGGCUGGUGCUUGACACACUGGUUCUGUAAGAGCAAACUGAGGAAGGAAUAUGAACUCAUAUUGACUGCAUCAUCAUGAAGCGACUGAGUCUGUCAACACAGGAUUGCUUUAAGACAUCAUUGGAUUUCCACAGACAGAGUGCUGCUGUACACUAAGUGAAGGACUACAGUUUUUCUUGUGCUGGUUUAUUGGUGGAUAGGCUUAAGGAGCACCAAGUUGUGUUAAGAUUUAUCCCUGUGGACGUGUGAGGACUGGGUGGAAGAGAUAGCCCACGGUCCCCUUUGGUGGAAUACUGCAAGGUUGAGACACUGCAGGUGACGAUGUCCUUUGCCAUGGUUCACCCGUCUCCUGCCCGUUUCCUUUACUCUGAGAUUGGCACGCUCUCAGAGGAUGACGAGAACGGCAGCGAAAGCUCAGGAUCUGAUGACAAAUCCUUUCGUCUUUCCACUCCUGGAUACAACGCCCUCCAAGCAGACUCUCGCAAAAGGAAAUACGACUGCAGGCCAUCAGUUGGAGCCACAGAUCUUCACCUGCCAAUCACUGAGCCUCGGCAGCGUAAUGCAGCGAAUGCUCGAGAGCGAGACCGCACAAAUAGCGUGAACAUGGCUUUCACGGCUCUAAGAACACUCAUACCCACUGAACCAGCUGACAGGAAGCUGUCCAAGAUCGAGACGCUACGGCUAGCCUCCAGCUACAUCUCUCACCUGGAAAACGUCUUGUUGGUGGGAGAAGCAUGUGGAGAUGGACAGCCCUGCCACAAAAACACAGCGGCUCUACACAACCAUCUGCAUAAGACCAUAGAUGCGAGCCCAGACUCAGAGAACUCCCAACCCAGACAGAUCUGCACCUUCUGCCUCAGCAACCAGAGAAGACUGAACAAAGACAGAGAAAGGAAAACAGCUAUAAGGAGUUAAUGAUGAACAACAUACAACAUACUGUGCAUCACCUGAACUCUAACUGUAUGUUUUUCCUUAUGUAUAGUAAGUAUGCUACUGCAGUGUCAUACAUGAACCUUUUAUUUAUCAUGUAAUUGUACAUUUAUUAACGGACUGCAUCACUGUGGACUUAUCCAGGCGCUUUGUUACGGUGUCUUCAUCUGUCAGAGCUUUAAGGACUUUACUUGUAAUCAUCAGCAUACAAUGCUUGUGCUGAAGAGGACACAUUAGACCACAUCCUACAUAAAUUUGUGCAUCGAGAUGACUACAAAUAAUUAUCAUGACAUCAAAAGAAGAAACCAGCACUGAUUUACUAAAUGCUAUGAUGUAAUGGAGAUGAAUCGAUUCACUUUUGACCUGCUCCAGCUUUAA